AUGUCUUCCUAUCAUAAAUACUUGUUAGAGAGAACACAUCAAGUAAAAGCAUUAUUACAACAAAUAGAACAAAAGAAAUCAAAUGCAAGAGCAUUUCAAUCACUACCAAGACACUUGAGAAGAAGAACAAUGAGUACGAAUGCCUAUCGUGUACCACUACACAUUAGACAACGUGCUAGAAGUGAAAUGGAAAAGUCGGCAAAGGGUGGACCAUCAGAGUCGGGUUCGUUUAUUCGUGCUAAAAAGGUGGUACAUCGAAAAGCAAAGAGAAGACCUCCUUACAUUCAAAAAGACUUUGUUCGAAGACAACGUGUCAACAAAUGGUUGGAAACUCAUAUUUGGCAUGCAAAGAGAAUGUUUAUGACAAAUAUAUGGCGUUAUAGAUUGGCUGUCAAACCAACUGCAAAGGGUAGACGUUCGGUUAUUCGUGCAUCAAAUUCAUUGUCUACUGUUUGUGAUAGAUCCUAUAUGGUUUGUCUAGAGAUUACUGGCUCGGAAUCUUCAAUCGCUGCAUUAUUCAAGACAAUGACUCCACCCGAUUCUCUAUCAGUCAAUAGUCGUACCUAUAUCAAUGGUGAUCGUGAAGGUUCAAUCGAUUUAUAUUAUCCAAAUCGUUAUCCAUUUCAUUUUAUUUGUCCAUCACAAUUUCAUUGGAAACCAUCAACAACAAACGAAAAAGAACAAGUAGAAGAAAACGAAUCAAGACAACUUUGGUUAUGGAUUCAUCCAUCUUCAAUUCUUGAUAUUCAAUCCAUUUUACAAAAUCAAUCAAAAGAACAUAAAAUUUCAAUUAAAUCAUUACAAGAUAAAUUACAAAGAUUCGAAUUAACAGGAGCUAAAUGUAAUAGUGCUUUACAUUCAGUACUUGUACCAAUCGAUAUUGAUGGAAAUAAUAAUAAUAAUAAUAAUUCAAUGAAAGGAGCACAUUCUCUUUGGAAUUCUUUAAAACAAUUACGAUCAACAGCCACCCUUCCAACUAGUGUCAUUUUAGGAUUGACUGUAUUGGAUCCACGUUUGGUUUGCCAUGUACCUGAAUCUAUUGCUCAAUGUGUAGAUUCGGUUGCUAAACCACCAUUGUCAAAGGAGGAACAACAAAAAGCAACAAUAACACAACAGGAAAUCAAUAGAUUGAUUGUUAAUUGGUCAUCUCAAAAAGUUUCCUAUUCUCCCAUUUAUGAAGAGUCUAAAAGAUUGGAAAUGUCAAAAAAUAUUGAAAAGGUUUCAAGUGUUUAUCAAAGAAGAAAAAAUCCAUUCGCCAUUAAAAAUAAUACAAAUAAUUAUUCAACUCCAUCAAUUUUAUUAAUUCAAAGGGAUGGUGGAUUGUCUAGAGGAUAUGGUAGUGGAUUUGAUAUUAUUAUUCCAGAAGGAUGGGGACAAGCAUUUUGGUUGUCAUUGGUGUAUAGUGGGUCGUGGGCAAUAGGAUUACAAAAUAGAGAUGAAAUGUUACUCGAACAAGGCAUACCAUCCUAUCCUAGAGACUAUCCAGAUUCAAAUGCCUACAAGGAAUAUCAUCAAGCAAUCGAAAAUGAUAAAUUGGAGAAAUACAAGAGAACUCCAAGUGGAAAAAGACCAAACUAUAUUCACAACCAAGUUUAUUUCCCAUUUAAUCCAAAUUGGAAUUGGAUUUUAGAUUUGGAUAAUCAAGACAAUGAAUCAUUCUAUCAACAACUUAAUAAUGAUAAAGAUGAAGAGGUAUUGAUUAAAAAAGAAAAGUUACAACAACAAGAAACAAGUGUUACUUUGGAAAAUCAAAAGAAAAAGACAAAGCUUACAAAAACAGAUACAACUCCAAAAAAGGCAGAGGAAGAAGAAUUUAUCAAACAUACCAUCAACAAGGCAUCACCAUAUUUUGUAUAUAGAGGUAAAUCUGCAUUAUCAAUAUUAAAUCUUAAACUUCCAUCAAUUAUGAAAAAUUAUGAUUCUAAAAUUAAAAAAGAUUUAUAUAAAAGAGGAUUGGUGAGAGUGUCAGUCAAGAUGUUGUAUGGAGGACGUCCAGUAAUGAAUUCAGUCAUUUAUGCACCAAAUCAAAAAGAUUUAGAGUAUCAAAAGAAAUGUGAAUUCUUUAGACAUUCUCCAUCGCCACCUUUGGAAUACAAAGAUGCCAAUGAUAUACCAUCAAAUGAAAUUGAACUCAAGGAAAAUAGUACUAGAACACCAAUUGGAUAUAUUGUAUCGGGUGACCAAUCACUGAUUAGAGGUGUUGGACAAGGUAUUGGUUAUUGUUCUGCAUAUAGUUUUAUCAGACUAGAAAAGAAUGCCAUCAAUGUAAAUCUAUCACCAAUCGGUUUUGCAUUUGUCCAAAUACCAACAUCAUCUACAUUGUAUCCUGUCAUUUUAACUAUUCAACCAUAA